UCGGUAAUUUACAGGCAAGCAGAGCACAGCGGAACCUUUGUCUUCCAUCCUCUGUUCAGGUUUAAAGACGGACGUUUACAAACGACGGACAAGCAUGGGUACCCGAUUUGCUGCGAGUCAGAUUCUUCGGUGGACUUUGAGGAAUGCCACCCACUCUGUAUUCGGCCCACUUCAGUUUGGGAGAUGCCAGCUCCAGCCUCUGUGCGCUGGGGGCAGAUUGUUGUGUUCCUCCACCAGCCAGGGGACUCUCCAGUCACCCAGACACACCCAUGAGCCCCAUCCUCUGUCAAGGCAGCCGGUCACAGAGCUGUCCCUCCCCUCUCUGGUUGAUAUGGGAUUCACAGACUCCCAGGCAGAGCAGAUAUCCGAUGCCACCUCCAAACUCAGAGGAACAAGUGCUUCCAAACACGCUCUGUCCACUCUCACAGCUCUGUUCGUCUUGGGCCUCAAUCCUUCCAGUGUGCUAAAAGUUCUGGAGAAAUGCCCUGAACUUUACACUAUCAACGAAUUGCAGCUUCAGCAGCGCGUAGGAAACAUGCGGAAACUAGGUUUAGUUGAAGGCAGUCUUCAGAGAGUGGUCUCCCAUUUCCCCCAGAUCCUGACUGUGCCUGUGAAGACAGUAAAACAUAUGGUGUUGCUCCUCAGGGAGAAGUGCCAGUUUACUUCCCAGCAGGUCACAGACAUCCUGAGAGAUAGUCCUGCCGUAAUACUGGAAGACAAGGAGCAGCUGGAGUACAAGUUUCAGUACGUCUACUACCGAAUGGGGGUCAAACAGGCGGACAUGGUGAAGUCCAGGUUGUUCCGUUACACUCUGGAGGAGGUGCGCUGUCGACACUGUUUUCUGGAGCGCAGGGGCCUGUAUCAAACUCCCGACAAGAAGGGACAGACCACGAUCAUCAACUCCAAACUGGACAGCAUCCUCAAAAUUGACCUGGACACUUUCCUCACGGAUGUUGCCAACGGUUCAGCAGAGGAGUACGAGGUGUUUCAGAGACUGAUGGCGAGAGAAUGGCAGGAGGAGGAGCAGCUGCAGGGGAGCAUUGAAGCUGAUAGUGAUGAUGAUGAAGAAGAAGACGAGGAGGAUGAAGAAGAUGAGGAGACUAGCGGGAAAAGUGCAUACAGGAAGAGAAGAAAGAGAUGACAGAACACUGUGGGAGGGGGAAAACCCAUUUAAAGAGGAAGUUAGAUGAAUAGAGAAAUGAUAUAUCUGAUAAUGAUACAUGAACCAAUAAAAUGUUUCCUUUUA